AUGGAGCACUUCGGCCUUUUGAGCCAGGCUGAGGAAGAUAAACUCCACAAGUUACGUCUACUCAACGUCGAAGAGAAGCCCUAUAAGCGCAUUACAAAGCGCAUCCUUGGAUCCUUCAUUACUCAGCCCCCUUCCCUCCCACUCACCCCUCUCCCCGAAGACUGCGACAACGCAGAUGCGAUCGCAGCCACCGACGCCGAGAAACAGAAAAAAAUCGAGGAAUGGCGCCAUUUCCGCGAAGAUGUGACACUUGACUUUGCUGCCUUUGAAGGCAGCAUCGCCCGCAUGCAAUUCUUGUUGACCAGCAACGAAGAAGAGCGCAAGCGCUAUGCGACAGAGAAGCUACGCAUUUUGUCAACGAUGCAGUCUGUCCGGGAGAAUACGUCUGAUCUACGCGCCCAGCUCGAUUCGGCACAGAGACUUCUAGCCCUGCGAAAAGUUUACGACGACUUGGCUGAGAAGAUCACGAGUAACCGUUUGUUGAAACCAAGAGAGGAUCAGCAUGCUAACCUUCAAAAACUACAAGUCGAGAUUACCGAACUUGAAAAACAAAGCAAGGAUUAUGCUAAGACCUGGGCGGAGCGACGCGCGCAAUUUGGUCGCAUUGUGGACGAGGGCACACAGCUGCGACGCCUGAUCCGAGACGAAAAAGAGGAGGUUGACCGGCGAGAGGGCAUGCAAGAGAGUAACGGUGAUGAAAGCGAAGUGAAAGAUAAGAUCAGCAAUGCUAAUAGUCCUCUUCCAGAGGCUGAAAGCAUGACGCCUCAAAGUCAAGAUGACGGUGGCAAUUUGGAGGUUGAAAAGGCGUCUGGAGUUUCUGGAGCUUCCGGAGCUGGUUCACCUUUACGCCAGGUGACAAACACAAACAAGAACACCCAAUUCGAUGAAGAUAUCAACAUGCUUGAUGAAGGUGCUACAGAAAGCAAGCUCGCUGUCGACCGGGACAUUAAUAUGGCAGAUGAGGGUGAAAUCGAAGAUGAGCUCGAGGAGGGUGAAGAAGUGACUUAG